GGAUUUCAUAUUGUUAACCUUGAAGAAGAAGAAAGUGAGCGAGUAUUUUAGCCUUUACACUAGGUUCUAGCAACACCAGAAAACUACCGAAACUCAGAUUAUGGCGACGGAGCAGUCUAUUAUGGCGGUGAUACGGGCGGCGCGGCCUCAAUUUCGCACCGCCUUUGAUAAGGCGGCAUACGCCGUGCACGCAGCCUUUGUUGCUGCCGGAUACGUCCUCCACGCCACCGGUCCUCCCGCUUUCGCCGACGACGCUCUUUCCGUAUCCUGCGAAGAUGAAGUUGGGAUGGAUACUUGGAACGAUGUUGAAGAUAAUUAUGCGUUCGUGUACUCGAACUCGGAGAAGGGUUCGAAAAAGGUUCUGGUCAAGUGCCUUGUAAUGAAUGAUAAAUUGCUUGUUGAUGUUCUCAAGGAAGGAGGCUGUGAGCCUCUACAUCUUGAACUGGAUGCUGGUGAGUAUGUUCAAGAGGAUGGUGGGACAAAUUAUGCUUCACAGUUCAAGAAUUUGGGGAAGCUGGUGGAAAAUGUUAACAAGGAAAUUUUAAACAAAUUGGAUGCUGCUUCAGCUUCAAGCUCAUCAGCUAAAAGCUCUAGUGCAGAGUCAAGUUUAAGAGAAGAAAGAGAUGAGCUCAGGGUAGGACCUGACACACAAGGCCCUUACGCGCCCAUGCAUCCUGCUCCUGGGUAUGCUGUUCCACCUAUACCUGGUUUUGGUGGCAGUGACCUCUUUCCUGGCCCAGGGGCUGGAAUGUACCCUUCCAGGGGUGAUUUUGGAGGUGGAAGCAUGUUGGUUGGUCCUCAAGAUCCACGGUUCUUUGGGGAUCAAACUCGUGGACCCGGAUUUCCUGGAGGUCUACCAGGUGUACCCCCGGGUGCCCGCUUUGAUCCAUAUGGACCUCCUAAUGUACCUGGCUUUGAGCCUGGUCGAUUUACCAGAAAUCCACCAAGAUCUGGAGGAGGAUUACAUCCAGACUUGCAGCACUUCCACGACGGCUCGGAUUUUAUAUAGCACAAACCAAUCAAAUUUACAGGAGAAAAUGUUAUUUCUGCUUUUGAUCACAUUAGUGCCAAAUGUGGUAUAUAUAGCAAUAAAAUGUAAGUAAAUGAGUGCACUAUGUUUAGUUACUAUACACCAGUAUAUAAAUAAUUUUCUUCUUUUUCCGGUGAGACUUAA